GCCGAGUCGGUCCAGACAGGAGCCUGGGGAGGGGCCAUGGUGCCAACCCAGUUGUGGGGGAGACUGGAGAAGCCGCUUCUCUUCCUGUGCUGCACCUCCUUCCUCCUGGGGCUGGUUUUACUGGGCAUACGGCCGGACAUCGCCCCUGUUGCUUAUUUCUUUCUCGCCUUGGGUGGCUUCUUUUUGUUUGUUUGCCUCCUGGCCUGUUCUCUGGAAUGGGGGUUCCGAUCAAUGCAGACGGAGAGCCCAGGGGCCUCAGGCAAUGCACGUGACAAUGAAGCCUUUGAGGUGCCAACCUACGAAGAGGCUGUGGUGUUGGAAUCACAAUGCCGCCCCCAGCUGUUGGAUCAGCCACCCCCCUACAGCAGUGUUGUAAUCCCCCCAGAACUUGAGGAAAGACAGCCUAGCAAUCCAGACGGCCCCAAUAGAGCCCGAUUAGAAAGGCGAGUGGGCUCAGAGGGGUCUAUGACCCCACAAAACUCCGGAAGAGAUCCAGUCAGCCUUCGGCUUCGGGGAUCCCGGGUCAUGUCCACUGCUCCUGAUCUGCAGAGCUCGGAGGUGCCCCCCAAAUUGGAGCCUCUUACUCCACCCCCUGCCUAUGAUGUCAGCUUUGGUCAACCUGAUGAUGAUGUUUUCUCUGAAAACAACUGGACGCCCCCCUAAAAGACUUUACCACGAUAUAUCAUCUCUGCACCAG